AUGAGCAACGAAGAGACCCCCAGUGCACCUGGAGACGACCAGAUCCAAGUCACCCCUACAGAUAACCAAGAACCGACAUUAUAUCACAUGGGCUUACCCGGUUCCUUCUUAGUGGUCGGCCAGACCCUCCGACUUGUUGGCGCCAUCGAUGAGCAAGGGAACUUCCGGAGUCUGGCUUUGCAAACCUGCUAUGGGCUACCAAGCCAUCAACAGAAGGUCAGUGUACAUGACUUAGCGGAUGGUACUCAACAGAUUGUUCUUAUCGAAGGAGGGGAUGAGGCCUUGAAGAUGCUUUUGCUUGCUUAUGAAGCAGCAGCAGGAUUCUGCCGCGAUGAGCGGCUUCGGUCCUUGGAGUAUGAGGUGGUCGUGGAGGACGGACGAAACGGAGACUCUUGA